CGGAGUUUCUCAGGUCCUCUACAAUUCGUCGCUCCAGUCGUCCAAAAUAACGUGGCGACACGGGACGGCGAGUUAAUCGUAUGUUGGCGAUGUCUUCCAAAAAUGAACUGAAGAAACUCUCGGAGGAAAGCUUAACCCGCCAGCCGGAUGAAGUGUUCGACAUUAUCUGCAAGCUCGGCGAGGGCAGCUAUGGUUCGGUCUACAAGGCACUGCACAAGGAGAGCGAGCAAGUGCUGGCGAUCAAGCAGGUCCCGGUCGAUACGGACUUGCAGGAGAUCAUCAAGGAGAUCUCGAUCAUGCAGCAGUGCGACUCACCGUACGUGGUCAAGUACUACGGCAGUUACUUUAAAAACACUGACCUCUGGAUCGUGAUGGAGUACUGCGGGGCCGGCAGCGUGUCCGACAUCAUGCGGCUGCGCAAGAAAACCCUAUCUGAGGACGAGAUCGCCACCAUCCUGAUCGACACGCUCAAGGGCUUAGAGUACCUGCAUUUACGGCGCAAAAUUCACCGUGACAUCAAGGCGGGCAACAUACUGCUCAACUCAGAGGGCCACGCGAAGUUGGCGGAUUUUGGCGUUGCCGGACAACUGACUGAUACGAUGGCGAAGCGAAACACGGUCAUUGGGACACCGUUCUGGAUGGCACCGGAGGUGAUCGAGGAGAUCGGGUACGAUUGUGUGGCGGACAUUUGGUCGCUAGGCAUAACGGCACUAGAGAUGGCCGAGGGAAAACCACCAUACGGUGAUAUACACCCAAUGCGGGCCAUCUUCAUGAUACCGACCAAACCACCGCCAUCGUUCCGCGAUCCAGACAUUUGGUCACCGGAAUUUAUCGACUUCGUGAGUCUUUGCUUGGUGAAGAAUCCUGAAGAGCGAGCCACCGCAACUGAUCUCCUAACCCAUGAGUUUAUCCGUAAUGCCAAACCGUGUAGUAUACUCAGCCAAAUGAUAGCGGAAGCGAAGGAAAUACGGGAAAACCAAAGCUAUCGGCAUGCGGCCGCCAUCAGCCAGGCGAACAAACAGCUACAAAACAGCAAUAAUAAUGGCAACAACGGGCAUGAUGGUGACUCGGACGAAGAUGAUCAGGUGAACUCGCGGACGAUGAAGGAGUUCCCGGCAGACUGUGGAACGCUAGUGCCGGGCCGCGGUGAUGAUGGUGAUGGAACAAUGAUUGCCCACACCGACUGUGGAACGCUCGUACCGGACAAUGGUACAAUGGUUGAACUGCAGUCGAAUCUCGGCACGAUGGUGAUCAACUCAGAUUCCGAAGAAUCAACUAUGAAAAGACACGAUACGAACCCGGACAAACCGAAAUAUCGCCCCCUGUUUCUGGACCACUUUGACAAAAAGGAAGCGGAAGCGAAUAGCUUCGGUAAUAGCAAGGUUGCGGCGGUAAAUAAUAAUCAUCUACAUCAUCACCACCUGCAGUCACCGUCGUCCGAGAUGGGUUCGUUCGACGAUGGUUCGCCAUCUGGAGACGUGCUUGAUGCGGACCAAACGCCCAGUGGCCCCCCUACACCGCUCGCUUCGCCUGAACAACCGAUCGUAUCCUCACCGCAGCAACCUCAGCCACAGGUUCAGAAGGUUCCGGUCACACAACCUGCCGGACCAGCAACGCACAGUCCCGUGACUCCCUCUGCGCCACCGCUCUCCCAAGGGUUUGACGAGCAUCAACAGCUUCAGGCACAACAACAGCAACAGCAACAGCAACAGCAGCAGCAGCAGCAGCAGCAGCAGCAGCAACAUCAACAACAUCAACAACUACAACUACAACAACAACAACAACAACAACAAUUCAACGAAGAACGACAACGAUAUCAAUCGCACUUGCAGCUGCAGCUGAACCAAAUAUCUGCCGUCAGCCCUAACAUGCACCAGAUGCAGUUUCUUCAGCCAACCGCUGCCGAGUACGAUGCGCUAAAAUUUCUUAACUACGAACAACUGGAGCAACGGUUGGCCAGCCUCGACAAAGAGAUGGAAAAAGAGCUGGCGGAAACGAAAAAACGCUACACCACCAAACGCCAACCGAUUCUGGACGCGAUCGAAGCAAAGCAGCAGAAACGACAGCAAAAGCUGGAGGAGUUCUGAGGGACCAUCUUCGGGGCACCCUCGUCGUUGUCGAAUCGACGAGCUGUGGUUGGUAUAGCAUACGCAGUGCUGGCCCAACGUUCGGUGCAGUCGGCCUCGCUGCUGCACUCUGAAAUGUGAAACGGAAACGCUAAUCAGUUAGUGCAUAGUCAUAUUUUAGCAACGAUUUUUAAUUGAAAGCCGCUUUGCCGGUGGUGCAAAUGGUCCUAUAAUUUUUAAGAAAAUGUCCCCUAUCCUUCCCACUAUUUCCCAACCACCUUACCGCCCCGAUAGACCGCUGACGAUCGAUCGUCGAUAAAAGUGUGUUGUUUUCUAAAGUAUUUAUCCGCUCUCCCUACCUAUUUUUCUUUUACAAUUUACGUUUAAAUGCUUUUAUGGAAACGGAUUGGUCACAAAAAAAUGAAACAUUUUAACCAAUCGAGAUCUGAAAAUUGAGUGUGUACGACGGCUAUAUGUUUUUAAAUUAAAUUAA